AUGGAGGAAGAAACUUGUUUGGACUGCAAGAGAGCGACCAUAAUGGUGAUCGACCACAGUAGUGGCGACACGAUCUGUUCAGAGUGUGGCCUCGUCCUUGAAGCUCACAUCAUCGACUUCUUUGAGGAAUGGAGAACUUUUGCCUCCGACGACAAUGGCAGUGAUCGAGACCCAAAUCGUGUUGGUGCUCCAACCAACCCUCUUCUCAAAUCCGGCGAUCUCGCCACCGUCAUCGAGAAACCUAAAGAAAACGCUUCCUCCUUUGUCUCCAAAGAAGAAAUCUCGACUCUGUACCGGGCACAGAACCAAGUCAAGAAUCAUGAGGAAGACCUAAUCAGGAAAGCCUUUGGCGAAACCCAGAGAAUCACGGAGGCGCUAGACCUACAUAUCAAAAUCAAGUCUAGGGCUUGCGAGAUUAUCUCAAGAUUCGAUGGUCACGCUAACACGAAACUACGCAGAGGAAAGAAGUUGAACGCUCUCUGUGCUGCCUCUGUUUCGACGGCUUGUCGUGAACUGAACCUGUCGAGGACGUUGAAAGAGAUAUCAAUGGUUGCCAAUGGUGUUAGCUUGAAGGAUAUACACAAACAAGCCUUGGUGAUAAAGCAUCUUCUCGAGUCAGAACAAGCCUCUGUGUCUGGUGCCAAUGCGAGUACAAUAAACACGGGAGAACUUGUUCGUCGCUUCUGUUCCAAGCUUGAUAUAGGUCAAAGAGAGAUAAAGGCGAUUCGAGAAGCCGUGGAGAAAUCUGCGAAUUUUGUUAUCCGAAGAAACCCUAAGUCUAUUCUUGCUGCUGUUAUCUUCAUCAUCUCUCAUAUAUCUCAGACCAACAAGAGACCUAUUCGAGAAAUUGCGAUCGUUUCAAAAGUAGUGGAGAAUACAAUCAAGAACUCUGUAAAGGAUAUCUUCCCUUGCGCCUCGAAGAUUAUACCAAACUGGUAUGCUUGUGAAGAAGACGUUAUAAAGAAGUUAAGAGAUAUCAUAGCUUCUUGGGAUUCUGCAAAACUUUCAGUAUAGGGAAGUCACUACCUAAGAAAGAAGCUUUGGGAUUAAUUUCUGGUGUUAA